ACGACGUUCACGACGCCCCCUGUGCGCCCUCUAUGGCGCCCUCCGCCCCACGAAGUACAUGGGAUCCUCUCCUCAUUAUCUCCCAGAUAGUCGCACUCCAAACGCUGCACUACUUGACGCUCUCCAUCCUCACCCCGCCUCUGCUGGUGCUUGCCGCCGACCCGGCGCGUCUCGAAUAUGCAGGCGGCGCAGCGAACGUUGGCAUGAUCAUGGACUGGCGGGAGAUAGCCGGAAGAAGUACGAUACCCAAGAGGGGGACAGACGUCGACGCGGAGGGCCGCUGGUUCAGCGGAGACUUCGGCUUUGCGUGGUCCGGGGGAAAGAAAGUCGGUAUAGGCGCGGACGACGGGGGAAGCGUGGACCCGGCGCGCGGCUGGGUGAUCGCCCUGUGCUGGCUGCUGGCAUGCGGCGCGGACAUAUACUACAUCCUCUUCCUCGUCCGCCGACCGCGCCUCGUCCUCGACUUUGCGCUCACGCUGCUCUUCAACCACAUACUGCUCACGACGUAUUACGCCGCGUCCAUCCCGUCAUCACUCUUCUACUGGGCUGUCGUGGGAGCAGGAUCUGUCAUGACCGUAAUCGCCGCGGAGCAGCUCUGCGUGCAGCGCGAGAUGCGCGAGGGCCUGAAGGUGACCCCGCUGCCCACGACCGCGCAGGACGCAGAGGAGAUGGAACUGGGGGAAGUGCGAUGACUUCAUGAUACCCGCCCGCCGCGAGCUGUACCAUAGCCUGAG